AUGGGAAGCAGGAAGGGUACCGCUACAUCGAGAAGGAAGGGCCCGAAGAGCAACAACCGCAAUCAGUUCAUGGAGUUCGCGGACAAGGAGAUCAACGACCCGCAGUCGAACAUCUACGGCUGGGAGGAGUCCCGCGUGGCCCAGGCGCUGCGGAACCACGCGAGCGGGCGCAUCAACUCCAAGCGCCUCUCUGUCUGGGUGCUCACGCUGAAGGACUUCGAGCCGCGGUUCAUCGACGAGGUGCUCGCGAAGAUCCUGCCAACUCUCCGCCGCAACGGCGCGCUCUGGAUCGGCAAGACCAGGGUGGGGAAGUCGACGGCGUCGAAGACACUUGCGUUCUUGAUGUCCAUGCUCGAGAUCGAUGCCCUUGAGGGCGAUGACAGGGAGGGCGCGCCUGAGCCUUCAAUUGUCACCGCCAAGCACUUUGAUUUCUUCAAGGGCGAGCCCGUGGAGAGGGUGCUGCCCGCGGUGUUCGACGACGGGGACUUGCACAAGCAGGGCGCGUCCGUGUUAAAGGCUGUCCUCAACCCGAGCGAGGAGGAUUCCACGCUGUGGGCGAGGUGGGGGUCCAGCGCGUUCGCCCCGGCGGCGCCCCGCCAGGCCGUGAACAACAGCUACGACAAUGCUCUGGAGAGGCAGAUGGUGGCAGACUGGCGCCAAGGGAAAUUAAUGGUGAUCACGAUCCAGCAGUUCAUGGCCCUCAUCGCGCCCUCCCUGAAGCAGAUCGCGGAGGAAGAGGACAUGAAGGCCCUGCUCGCGAGGUCCCACGUCGUCGCGACCACGGACACGCGCGUGUAUUUCCGUUUGGCAUCCGAUGAGUUUCCAGAGGACGGCGUCGUGCCUUUCUACACAUACAGCAAGAAGUCAAAGCCUGACCCCUUCAACUACUCGCCCGAGGCGUGA